AUGACUUCAUCAAAUUUGCUUAAUCUAUUGGCCCAUGAGUCUGCCUAUCAAGAAUCAAUACGAAAUGAAGAGUCUAUAUUACAAACCGAAAAUACAAGGCGUCUCACUCUUAAUAUGAUAAUAUUACAGCACCAAAAUAAUGAUCUUCACGGAAUUAUAGCAGAUAGAGAAAAUUGUAUCACUUCCAUGCGAAAAGAAACUGAGGGCUUGCGAGAAAUUCUAUCAGAGACAAAAAACGUUAAUUCUGCUCUCAAAACAAAAAUUAAGAACCAUGAUAGAGAUAUAAUGAGUUUGAGAGCGGAAUUGGAAUCGCUCAAUGCAUCCACAAUCGAUUCUGGAAAGCUGUUUGCAGAUAAGCUACGCGCUUCUCGAGAGGCUGCUGCCCUCAGACUCGAAGUCGAUCGUCUUCAAAUCGACAACACCCAGCAAGAGGCGCUAAAAACCGAGAAACUACUAUUAGAACGACAAGUAACCUCACUUCAAGUUGAGCUCGAGGCUGGAAAAACAGGGCUCAAGCAGCUUGAGGAAAAUCAAAGAGAGAUUGCAAGCCAAAAACAUGAGCUGGAGGAAACUUGUGAGAGACUAGAAUUGGAUCACCAGCUUCAGCUUCAAAAGCUACAGAAUGCUUUAUCACAGGAGCAGCUACAUCGCGAAAAAUUUCAAAAUGACACCAUAGCCACCACCCAAAAACAGGUUGUAGAAUUGCGCAAUAAUUUCUCACGAGAAAAAGAAGAUGAUAAAAAAUUAUAUUUGAAAGUCUCUUAUGAUCUUGAAUCUUCGGAAAAUCGACGGCUUCGCCUUCAGAAGGAGAUUGACGAAAUUAAGGAAACUCUAACUACCACUCAAACGCAGCUUCAAGAGUGUCAAUUAGAGCUUAAACAGUUCCGAGAGCCUGGAGCAAAACUAAAAAAAGCUGUAAUCGGCAGAAAGCGUAACUUAACCAAGUCAAUGAAGCAGGAGGCUGAAGCAACACACAGCGAUUUGACCAUAGAUACACCUGACGGCGCUGCUGCUCGAGGACUAAGAGCUGCUAAAAAACGAGGUAACCUUGAGCAGACUUUGGUUGGAGAAAAAUCGACGUUUUCUAUAACGCCAUUUCUCAACCGAACUACUAAUUAUGGUUCGAAUUCUCCCAUUAUAGAAGUCAUACGAAGUGGCCAAAAAGACGAAUUUUCCCUUGUGGAUAGUCUCAUUGAGGAUACUCCUGCACAACAAUCUAGUGGUGGACACCAGCCUCACUUACCAGUUCUCGCUACCUCAAAACCCCGUACGCUCAAGAAUACUACCUCUAAAAAAACAAAGCCUAUUUCUGAAAAAGCAUCACAAAGAACCAGCAUCGAUCAUAAUGUUGAAGAUAGCUUAUUAGAUAGCACAGAAACGCAUUCAAUACCAAAAGAUAAUGAAAAAUGCAAACCUCAAUCUGAUAGGACCGACCAUUCCAAGGGGCAGCAAAAAAAAAGAAGGCGAAAACUUGUUAUGGUAGAAGACCCUGUAAUUGACAAAGAAGAAGAGGGUCUCUCAAACCUUAAAUCUCGAGCUGUACAUGUGCCCCCUCUUUUAAAUCACAAUAGCACUUUUUCGCCUUUGAAGAGAUCUCGGAGAGGAGUAGGGGCCAGUUUCAUAUCGUGA